UUCAUUCGAACUGUUUGUCGUUUAACACGCCCGGGCUAAGCCAAUGAAACGUAAUUUAAAUGUUAAACGCCAUUCAACUCUCGAUUUACUUUAUUUCUUGGAUUCAACAACCGAUAAUCCAUAGUCGAUAAUUUUUAAUUUUAAUUAUAUUAAUUUUAGAAGUUAAAACAAAAAAGUCGAUCAACAAAAAAACGUGUCCGAUACACAGUUGAAACGUGUUAUAAGACGAAGAGAGAUCAUUUACGUGAAAAGCGGGCGUGUAGUCUCGUGUGUGUAUAGUAAUUUAAAUAAAGAAUCUCUGAAUUCAUUGACCGAUGUACCAAAAUAGCUGUGCAAAAAGAAUCUCUCAAUUUUUUUAAAAGUCGUUAAAAACGUCAAUACUUAAAAAACAACAACCGAUAAAUAUCUUCCGUCCAAAAUUCCAGUCUUAUAAUAUAAAAUUAAAAAAACUAACCACGAACUAUGUCUAAGGAAAAGUAUCUCGACGAAAGGCAAGAGAAACAGUCGAUUAAUUCAGCUUUCUUUGAUGAACCUCGAGGCCCACCAUUUAAAUUAUCGCGUUUUCUCUACAACCAUCAGGAUGGCUCCAUUAUGGGUCGUACUUCAAAGUCAUGGGUAAAAAUUGGAAUAUUUUACUCGAUAUUCUAUGCGGCAUUGGCCGCUCUGGUGGCGCUUUGUAUGUGGGUAUUCUUUCAAACGCUCGAUCCACGUAUACCAAAAUGGAAACUGAAAGAGUCAUUGAUCGGUACAAAUCCAGGUCUUGGCUUUCGUCCAAUGCCACCGUCCGAAAGUAUCGAAAGUACGUUAAUUUGGUAUAAAGGUACCAAUUAUGAAAACUACCGACAAUGGACCGAUGCACUUGAUAAAUUCCUUGCAAAUUACAAAACGCCCGGAUCCAACAGCCCUGGACGUGGUCAAAACAUUUUCAAUUGCGAUUACCAAGCACCACCACCGCCAGGAAAGGUGUGCGAUGUCGACAUUAAACAAUUUCUGAAAUGCACACACGAAAAUAACUACAGCUAUCACAAGAGCUCACCAUGCGUUUUUAUCAAGCUAAAUCGAAUUUACGGUUGGGUACCUGAAUUCUAUAAUGAUACAAACUAUUUACCACCGCAAAUGCCAAAACAACUUAAGCAAUUAAUCAACGGCACCGAUGCAACGAAGUUGAAUAAUGUUUGGAUAUCGUGUGAGGGUGAGAAUCCGGCUGAUAUUGAAAAUAUGGGACCCAUUGAGUAUUUCCCAACUCAAGGUUUUCCCGGCUAUUAUUUCCCAUACGAAAACUCAGAAGGUUAUUUGAGUCCUUUGGUCGCCAUUCAUUUCAAAAAACCAACACGUGGAAUUAUCAUUAAUAUCGAAUGCAAAGCAUGGGCAUACAACAUUAAGCAUGAUCGAAAAGAUCGAACUGGCUCGGUGCAUUUUGAAUUGAUGAUCGAUUAAAGCGCGAGUCGAUAUACAUAAUCAAACAAAAACUUUGAAAACAUCCAUGCAAAUGAAAUGGUGCCGAUGUCGCGCAAAUCCAGAACCAUCAACCAGUAAUAACAGAGAAUAUACAUUCAAGCAAUUCCAAACAAAAAUGAACAACAACCUUACAUUUAUAAUGAAAUUCAGUCCAUUGUAGCAUUAUUUUGUUUGUUUUUUU